CCCCCUUUUGAGCCCAAAAGACAAAAAUAUGCUUUUAUGGUACAUCCACCGGACACAGCGACAACCGGAUGAGCCCCCGUCUCUUCCGCCUCCUCUCGUCCGGCUGGCGUGGCUUCCUUCCGGGCUUGCAGAAGAAAAGUUGCGGGGAGGUUCAGAGGCAAGCGGGGCUCUAAAACAGAAUGGACAGCCAGGGACGGAAAGUGGUAGUGUGUGACAACGGCACCGGGUUUGUCAAGUGCGGCUAUGCUGGCUCCAACUUCCCAGAGCACAUCUUCCCGGCGCUGGUGGGCAGGCCGAUCAUCCGCUCCACGGCUAAAGUGGGGAACAUUGAGAUCAAGGAUCUGAUGGUGGGGGACGAGGCCAGCGAACUGCGCUCGAUGCUGGAGGUCAACUACCCCAUGGAGAACGGCAUCGUGCGCAACUGGGACGACAUGAAGCACCUGUGGGACUACACCUUCGGGCCCGAGAAGCUGAACAUCGACUCGCGCAACUGCAAGAUCCUGCUCACCGAGCCGCCGAUGAAUCCCACCAAGAACCGGGAGAAGAUCAUCGAGGUGAUGUUUGAGACGUACCAGUUUUCAGGUGUCUAUAUAGCCAUUCAAGCCGUGUUGACACUCUACGCUCAAGGCCUUCUGACUGGCGUGGUGGUGGAUUCUGGCGACGGCGUGACGCACAUCUGUCCUGUGUACGAGGGAUUCAGCCUGCCCCACCUGACCAGACGUCUGGACAUCGCUGGGCGGGACAUCACCCGCUACCUCAUCAAGUUGCUGCUGCUGCGAGGGUACGCCUUCAACCACUCGGCCGACUUCGAGACGGUGCGUAUGAUGAAGGAGAAACUGUGCUACGUGGGCUACAAUAUCGAGCAGGAGCAGAAGCUUGCGCUGGAGACCACCGUGCUGGUGGAGUCGUAUACGCUGCCAGACGGCCGCGUGAUCAAGGUGGGCGGCGAGCGCUUCGAGGCGCCCGAGGCGCUCUUCCAACCGCACCUCAUCAACGUGGAGGGCGUGGGCGUGGCCGAGCUGCUCUUCAACACCAUCCAGGCGGCCGACAUCGACACCAGGCCCGAGUUUUACAAACACAUUGUCCUGUCGGGGGGCUCUACCAUGUACCCGGGGCUGCCCUCACGACUGGAGCGGGAGCUCAAGCAGCUGUACCUGGAGCGCGUGCUCAAGGGCGACGUCGACAAGCUAUCGAAAUUCAAGAUCCGCAUCGAGGACCCACCCAGGCGAAAGCACAUGGUGUUCCUGGGCGGGGCCGUACUGGCUGACAUCAUGAAGGACAAGGACAACUUCUGGCUCACGCGCGAGGAGUACCAAGAGAAGGGGGUGCGCGUUCUGCAAAAGCUGGGUGUCACUGUCAGAUAAAAAAAAAAAAAAACAACGCGCGCGCAUCCAAACACCCAUGAAAACACACACACAAAAAAAAUAUAUCUAUUUAUCCUUCUCCUCUUUCCAGCCUUUCACCUCUCCUUUUACUCCUUCACCUCUUCUGGUAAACAAUUCCAUCUUUUUUGCACAAUUCCCAUAUCGUUUGAAAGGAAUGGAGAGAAAAAAAAAAAAAAAGAAAAAGUUGGCGUUGCCACAAUGGCAGAGAACGUCGGGGAUGUCUCGAAGGGGGCAGCCUUAUGAAUUUUUUGAUAUCACAAUCAGGGUCCACCCAGUGUUUUUAUUUUUAUUUUUUUUGUUGCCCCACAUCAGAUUUUUUUUUUUUUUUUUCCGAGGAAGAGGGAUAACUUAUUUUCCUUUUUGUUUAUUCAUUUUUAUUUUUCCCCCCGCCGGUCUUUGUUGCAGUGCACCACUACCAUUUGUAAUUGGAGUGUAACCGUGGUAACAAAAGUUUGGUUUGCAGUUCAAAUGAGUUGAGGUUGAACUCCUUUCAAAGCAGGGUAUUCCCCCCCGCACAUUUGGCUCCUUCACAGGAACGACGACGCCGCCGCGGGUGGAAAUGCAACGUAUUCUUAUGGCGGCGCUAUCCCUCCGGUCAUAAUUCUGUGAAAUAUUUGUAUGCAACACUUGUAGACCGUAAAUAUAAAGCGGAUGAAAAAUUGUUUGACGAGUUCAUCCUGCCGCUGUUCGGACCCAAAAAGAUGUCGUAUACGGUGGAAUUCAGACUUUUCUGGCAAAUUCAGUUAUGAGGUUUUGACCGUUUACGGUGGUCCUGAUUUCAAGGUUAAUAAUGGGGGUGGAACAAGUUAGCUGGCUAGAAAACAACUGAAUUUGACAAAAUCCAAAUUUUCCCAGGUGUACUGUCGCUAAAAUAUGCUAAUGUGAAAGAAAAGCCGCGAUUGCAGUAAAUGUUUAUACAAAAGUCCCUCGUCGACCUUAAAACUAAAACUUUGCAAUGAAAAAUUAUAAGUAAUGUGCGCUAACAAGUUCAUCUGGUGUCUUUUGAAACAUGGUUGCUCUGUAAAGAGAUAAACGGAGGCAACCGUGUACAUUUUCAUGAGCUUCUACGCGUUUCUGCCAUUAAAACUACCAUCGUGUCAAAGUGGGAACAUAAGCGGAGCCUCGCUAUUUUUGGAUGCACGGGUUAGCUGGAAAACAAACCGCGACAGAGGCUCUUUCGUUGCCAUUCGUGAUCUUUUUGCGAAGCGCAACGCGUCGCUGACUAAGUCACGCUAGUGGUGAGGUGAGCUUGGAAUGAACGGGGGAGGUUGGAACCGAAUGGCACCAACAAUUUGGUUCAAAACCCCGCGUGCCCCCCCCCCCCAUUAAUUAUGGUUAGGAAUUUACCUUGGAAUCGGUGUGGCUGCUCCAUGAAAAUGUCUAUUUUGGGGAACCCUGCCUUAAAGGAGCACGUGUCCAAAAAAAAAAAAAAAGACGCAAAAGAUGCUUUCUCUGAUUUCUUUGUGUGACGGUACUUCCCGGCGCGAAAGGGGGUUUCAUCUGCCUUAGUGUUGAUCAAAAAGGCCUGGUGUUGUAUAUUUACUCAAAAGGCAGCAAAGUGUGGAAAAUGCUGUUUGUUUUUCUUUCCUUUUGGUCCCCCCGGGAUGAUCAAUACUGGAGGCACUUCACCUUGUUGGUGUGAAUUUUUUCUUUUAUGGAUUGUAUAUUUUUCUUUUCCUCCUUUUCCGUGGAUGUCUUAUCCAGUGCCAAGUGCGGUUCGUUUUAUUGUACGUCUCUGCUAUUUUUUUUUUUUAAUUUUUUUUUUUUUGGUCGCCACCAUUUUGUUUUGACUGUUGUUCAUAGCAUAACUGGCUAAUGCUGAUUUAAAUAAAAGUGAUUUAUAAGGA